UAGAGAUUAAGCACACCCGAUUCAGUGAGAAUCAACGCUCGCUCGCAUUCAAAUGGCGGCAAAGUUCUUCCUCCUUGCCCUUCUGGCUCUGUCGUUUUCCCGUGCCCGUGCCUCGGACCCGAGCCAGCUCCAGGAUUUCUGUGUCGCUGACAGGACAUCCCAAGUUUUUGUCAAUGGAUUUGCAUGCAAGGACCCGAAGACUGCCGUGGUAGAAGACUUUCACUUCUCUGGCCUUCACAUGGCCGGGAACGCGAGCAACAAGCAAGGCUCCGCUGUGACGGCGGUUAAUGUGGCGCAUAUUGCUGGGCUCAACACUUUGGGCAUCUCCUUGGCUCGGGUUGAUUAUGUUCAAUAUGGUCAAAACCCACCCCACAUCCACCCCCGUGCAUCCGAGAUUUUGACGGUGGUGGAAGGCUCGCUCUAUGUUGGUUUCGUCACGUCAAACCCCGACAAUAAGUUAUUCUCAAAAGUUCUUAACAAAGGGGAUGUUUUUGUGUUUCCGCAAGGGCUAAUUCACUUUCAAUACAACUGUGGAACCAAAGAAGCUAUAGCCAUUGCAGCGCUGAGCAGCAAGAACCCUGGAGUGAUCACCAUAGCCAAUGCGGUGUUUGCAUCCAAGCCCUCCAUCUCAGAUGAUAUCGUUGCCAAAGCCUUUCAGGUGGACAAGAAGAUUGUUGAGCAUAUCCAAGCUCAAUUCUAGACACACAUCCGGUGAUAUGUUUAUUUGACUCAUUUGUCGUUUGAUUAAAGAUCAUGUUUGUGUGUUUCCUUAUAAUGUAUUUCCAUUGUAUGAUUUAUGUUAAUCAAGCUUUUGUGGAAGAAAAGCAAUUAUGUACUCAAUUGUCUUAAUGAUUAUCAUUUUGCUACUCUCCACUAUCUUAAAAAUAUUAUAAAGGGGAGUUUGUGGCCAUCCUCGCCACAAUGGUGAUACUUCCCCUCCUUGAUUUUCUUGCCCUAAGCAACCUUGGUUAUGUAACAUACGUUGAGAUUAUUUGUCCACCUUUUUCAUGAGACAGACUUUUGGAUUAAUUGGUUGGAGUAUGAAUUGAAUACUACAUGCCCUGUCUCCUUUUAUCAGGAUUACACUAAGGCAUGGGCAAAGAUUAUAGUAGAUAUUUUGUCAGAAUUAAGGAAAAGCAGCGAACAUCGAGAAUUUGUUUGCUUGGAUGGCAGACAAAACUUCAUACAUAAUCAAUCAGCCAUCUCCCACUUGUCAUAUUUUGAUACUCCCUCUGUAAAGAAGUAUUAAGAGUGUUUAGAUCACUACUUUAAUGAUCUAAAUGC